GUGACUACUUUUAAAAAUGGCGUCAUUGUUGGUUUGGUAAAAUGCAGCGUGCUUCGUCACCAUCAUACCACACUGGACCCAGCGGAAAAGCGUCCCGGCCGGCGGGCUGAAGGAGGGAGAGAUGUGCGCGCAGACAGAAUCUCUCAGACGCGCCAGUGGCUUCAUGGAGUUACGCACCUCUGACGCGCCGCCAUGGAUUGCAAGUCGCGAUCGCUGCUUUUCUUCUCACCUCUUUUGCUGACUCUUGCGCUUCCGGUUUCUACUGUCGUCUACCCCCCGAAUGAAGUCAACCUGUUAGAUUCCAAAGCCAGCCAGGGGGAGUUAGGAUGGAUUUCCUACCCUUCACACGGGUGGGAGGAGAUCAGUGGGGUGGAUGAGCAUUACACGCCCAUCCGGACUUUCCAGGUGUGCAACGUGAUGGAGUACAGUCAGAACAACUGGCUCCGCACCAACUGGAUCCCCCGUCAGUCGGCCCAGAAGAUCUACGUGGAGCUGAAAUUCACUCUGAGGGACUGCAACUCCAUCCCCUUAGUCCUGGGCACGUGCAAGGAGACCUUCAACCUUCUUUACCAGGAGACCGACGACGACCAAGGCACUCACUUCCGGGAACACCAGUUCACCAAGAUCGACACCAUCGCCGCGGACGAGAGUUUCACCCAGAUGGACCUGGGCGACCGCAUCCUCAAGCUGAACACCGAGGUGCGUGAGGUGGGCCCCAUGACCAAGAAGGGCUUCUACCUUGCUUUCCAGGACGUGGGCGCCUGCGUAGCUUUGGUCUCGGUGAGGGUUUACUUCAAAAAGUGCCCCAACACGGUGAAGAACCUCGCCUCCUUUCCUGACACCGUGCCCAUGGACUCUCAGUCGUUGGUGGAAGUCAAAGGUUCCUGUGUCAAUCACUCGAAGGAAGAGGAGCCGCCGCGAAUGUACUGCAGCACGGACGGGGAGUGGCUGGUGCCCAUUGGAAAGUGCCUCUGCAACCCGGGCUACGAAGAACGAAGCAACACCUGUCAAAUGUGCAGGGCGGGCUUCUACAAAUCCACAGUGGGAAACGCCGAGUGUUCCAAGUGUCCGCCUCACAGCUACGCUCACCACGAGGGAUCCUUGCACUGCGGCUGUGAGAAGAACUUCUUCCGAGCCGAGGGGGACCCGGCCGCCAUGGCCUGCACUCGUCCGCCCUCGGCCCCCCGGAACGUCAUCUCCUCCAUCAACGAGACCUCGGUCAUCCUGGACUGGAGCUGGCCGGAGGACACGGGCGGCCGCCGGGACCUCGUCUUCACCGUCCUCUGCAAGCGAUGCCGCGCGGGCACGGCGGACGCCGGCGCUCCGCGCUGCGAGCCCUGCAGGGGCAACGUGCGCUUCCUGCCGAGGGCGGCGGGCCUGCAGAACACCACCGUGACGGUGGCCGACCUCCUGGCUCACACCAACUACACCUUCGAGAUCGAGGCGCAGAACGGCGUCUCGCCGCUGGCGCCCAAGAUGAGGCAGUACGCCGCCGUCACCAUCACCACCAAUCAGGCCGCUCCCUCCCCCGUGAUCGUCAUCAAGAAGGAGAAGACAUCACGGAAUAGUGUUUCCUUGUCUUGGCUGGAGCCGGAGAGACCCAACGGCAUCAUCCUCGACUACGAGAUCAAAUACUACGAAAAGGAGGAGCAGGAGACCAGCUACACCAUCCUCCGGGCCCGGGGUUGUAACGUGACUCUGAACGGUCUGAAGCCCAACACCGCCUACCUGCUGCAGAUCAGAGCCCGCACGGCGGCGGGUUACGGAGCCAGCAGUCCCAGUUUCCAGUUUGAGACCAGUCCCGACUCCGCCUUCUCCAUCUCCAGCGAGAGCAGCCAGGUGGUUUUGAUCGCCAUUUCCUCCGCCGUGGCCAUCAUCUUGCUAACAGUGCUGCUCUACGUCCUGAUUGGCAGGUUUUGUUGCCACAGCAAAUCCAAACAUCCUGAUGAGAAAAGACUGCACUUUGGCAAUGGCCACUUGCGCCUGCCGGGGAUCAGGACCUACGUGGACCCUCACACCUAUGAGGACCCCAGCCAGGCCGUGCAUGAGUUUGCCAAGGAGCUGGACGCCUCCUGCAUCGCCAUCGAUAAAGUGGUGGGAGCAGGGGAGUUUGGUGAGGUGUGCAGUGGUCGACUGAAGCUGCCCAGCAAGAAGGAGAUCUGCGUGGCCAUCAAGACUUUGAAAGGAGGAUACACGGACAAGCAGAGGCGGGACUUCCUGGCUGAGGCGUCAAUCAUGGGACAGUUUGACCACCCCAACAUCAUCAGGCUGGAGGGUGUGGUGACACGCAGCAAGCCUGUUAUGAUCGUCACAGAAUACAUGGAGAACGGCUCGCUGGACAGCUUUCUGAGGAAACACGACGCCCAGUUCACCGGCAUCCAGUUGGUGGGCAUGCUGCGUGGCAUCGCCUCGGGCAUGAAGUACCUGUCCGACAUGGGCUACGUCCACAGAGACCUGGCAGCCCGCAACAUCCUGGUCAACAGCAACCUGGUGUGUAAAGUCUCAGACUUCGGACUGUCCCGGGUCCUGGAGGACGACCCCGAGGCCGCCUACACCACCAGGGGAGGAAAGAUCCCCAUCCGGUGGACGGCUCCGGAGGCCAUUGCUUACAGGAAGUUCACAUCAUCCAGCGAUGCUUGGAGUUACGGCAUCGUGCUGUGGGAAGUCAUGUCGUAUGGUGAACGGCCUUACUGGGAGAUGUCCAAUCAGGAUGUGAUAAAGGCUGUAGAUGAAGGGUAUCGCCUUCCACCGCCCAUGGACUGCCCGGCCACACUUUACCAGCUGAUGCUGGACUGUUGGCAGAAGGAAAGAAACAACCGGCCUAAAUUUGAACAGAUAGUCAGCAUCCUGGAUAAACUUAUACGCAAUCCCGGGAGUCUGAAAAUUACAGCCAACACCACAUCAAGGCCCGCCAACUUGUUGCUGGACAGAAGCAGCUCGGAGGUUCCCCCGAUGGGAACGAUGGGCGACUGGAUGGACGGCAUGAGGACCUUGCCCUGCAACGAGGCCUUCUCCGGGGUCAGCUACAGCUCCUGUGACACGCUGGCCAAGACUUCCACAGAUAGAGUGAUUCUGACAGAGGUCCACGUCACUCCAGCAACUUGCCCGGAGUGGGAGCCGUCCAUGGGGAUCACCACUCUCUAGCCGCCGCUCGCUCUUCUUUCCAUUCCUCGGACUCUGGAUGGGAUUUGAAGAAGGUCGGAGUGACAAUCGCGGGACCACAGAAGAAGAUCGUGAGCAGCCUCAAAGCCCUGGAAUCGCACGCCAAGAACAACCCGGUACCUGUUUAAAAAAAAAAAACACAAAAAAAACGAGCAAACGGUGGGAGCGU